UUGUCUUUAAUACAGUAAAUUGUAAAGUUCAAUUACAAGUGCCGGGACAGACGUGGGUGAAUCUGGUGUGACCCAAACAUCUUAUGAAUACAAAGUUACGUCGAUACGGGAGACGCUGAGAGAAGAAACUCUUAACACUUGAAGAAGAUAUAAAGCAAAGUGUGAACAUCGUGAAGAAUCUUGGUUUAUCAUCUUCCCCCUCCACCUGGAGCCUCAGCUCAUCGUGGACACAUGAAGUAAACUGAUGAUCGAGUCCCUUGCAGCUGCCGUAGGCUUUUGGAUACUUAGCCUUGUGUAGCUGACUUGUGAAGGUCCAGGUAUACUGGCGGUAUACUGCAGCGGUAUACCACGCUACACAGCGACGACCACGCUACACAGGGGCAGACGCUGAUUGGCCGAGUCCUCACUCUGGGCACACAGGUGACUGGGGGAGGUGGCGGUGGUGUGGCCGGGCUCUCGCCGUGAUCCCUUCCAAUUGUUACCAGCUCAAAAACGACCACAAGUGGCCGGACGACUACGACCGGCCGUACGACCACGAGCGUCCGUACGACCACGAGCGUCCAGACGACCUCGAGCGGCCAGACGACCUCGAGCGGCCUCAUUGACCACGUCUUUUAAAACGACAACGAGCAGAUCGACGACCACGAGCUACUGUAAUCUUUUGGACUGUCUUAGAUUAUCGUAUCUGAAUGAGUUUUGAACAUGUUAUAGAACCAUUCCGAUACAGUAAUAAUAGUAACCAUCCAUACUGAACAGGGAACGUCCUUGUUACUUAAGUAGUGAUUUACCUUAUAAAAAAAGAAACCGAGAUUAAAAUUAAUAAAAAAUCAAUUUGAUAUCCACAAAGCUCUCUUCGAUUAUAAUAAAUAUUACCUUGAAUUGUAACUGUGAGCUUUGCAUGUGAAAACUGCUAAAGGAGUUAGUGGAAGAGCAAGGUGUUGAGUAUAAGGGUGCGGGGCCACAGCCAAGGUGCGCUACAAGGCGGACUCGUGUACCAGUGACCCUUCUCCUCCUAUAUGCAAAAGUCAACUCGCCGCGUCUACCGCCACACCACUUCGCAGAAGGGACCGCGUUUCUAUGUCAUUUUCGGUGGCUCACGGCUCUUCGUAUGCGGCAGCGGGGGCUUGGACACCUGACCAGGAUUCCGUCAUAUCGGGCUUCACAGACGCCAGCAUCUACGCUUCCCUCCAGCGGCACCCGCACAGUGUUCAGCAGUACCAGCAACAGCAGCAGCAAUAUCAGCAUCACCAUCCAAGGCACAAGAGUUCAUUUGUUGCCCUCAGGAACGUCAAUGCUCGACCACAGCACAAGAGAGGAAGGCGGGUCAGUGAGAUGACAGCCGGUGUCGGUGGAGACGGUGGGAUGGGGGGGGAAGUAAUUGAGGUGCAGAUCCUGCCCCAAGAUGACAACUGGGGAGACAACACUACUGCCAUUACUGGCAACACCUCAGUGCGUUCAGAGUCUUUCCAAGAUGUUACUAUUAUUGGACGUGACCAAGAAACAGGAGUAACAUUUACGUGUCAGCGUUAUGCAGGGUCAGCGUUAUGUGCCCUGGUUGCCUUCCUUGCAUUUCUCAGCCCAAUUGCUAUGGUACUGAUCCCUCGACUUAAUGUAAUAAAGCUGAAGAGUGACCACCUCAAGUGUGACUCCGAGUGUGACGGUUUACUCAUCAGUUUCUCUUUCAAGCUCCUUAUCCUGCUACUAGGAUCAUGGGCACUCUUCUUCAGGCAACCUAAGGCCACUAUGCCAAGAAUAUUUAUCUUCCGAGCACUAGUGACGAUGCUCAUUUUUGUCUUCACCUUUUCAUACUGGCUCUUUUACGUGGUGCGCAUCCUUGAGAACAAGGAGGAGGUACGUUACCGAUCGAUUGUAUAUUUUGCGGUGAGUCUAGUGGAUGCGCUGCUGUUUAUCCACUACCUAGCUGUGAUCCUCCUAGAGUUGAGACACCUUACUCCUCAAUAUUCCAUUAAGGUGCUCAGGUCCCCAGAUGGAGAAAGCAGGUGGUACAAUAUUGGCCAGUUAAGUGUGCAGCGAGCAGCUGCAUGGGUCUUAGAAAAGUAUUACCAAGAUUUCCCCAUCUAUAACCCUUAUUUGGAUCGUCUGCCUUCUAAGAAGAAGCACUCGGUCAACUCAUCUUUUAAAUACUACGAUGUUGAUGGCAAUGAGGAAAAUGUUGAGGGACAAACACGUGCCGUUUUAACUGCAAGCGCCCGCAGACGUGACUCUGCACAUAAUGAACGAUUCUAUGAGGAACAUGAAUAUGAUAGAAGAGUUCGAAAACGAAAAGCCAGACUGAUCACAGCUGCAGAUGAAGCCUUUACGCAUAUUAAACGCAUGCAUGAAGAACAAGGUCCGAGUGCACCAAUGGACCCCCACGAGGCUGCUCAGUCUAUCUUCCCAUCCUUGGCCAGAGCCUUGCAGAAGUAUUUGCGUAUCACAAGACAGCAGCCUAGACACACUAUGGACUCUAUCCUCAGUCACCUUGCAAUUUGUUUAGCACAUGAUAUGAGUCCUCGGGCAUUUUUAGAAAAGUAUCUUGUGUCAUCACCCAUUUUACAGAAUGACAAGGAGCAUCGAGGAGUCCAAUCAUGGGGUCUUGUGUGUGACCAGCUCUUAUCUCGUCCUAUAAACAAUGGCACCAUUUUUCAACUUCGUCAAGCUGAUUCUUGUCUUCUGUGUACAGUCUCUCACAUACCGCAUUUCUCAAUUGCCGAGGAGAUCAUCCAUCCAAAGAGUAACAAAUUUGUUCUGCGGCUUAACUCCGAAACCAGUGUAUAAACUUAAGCAUGACUAAAAUACUGGAUUAAAUCAUGUACAGCACAUUUUCAUGUAGACAUAUUGGUUGCCACAUUCAAUAAUGCCAAAGCUAAGGACAUACUUCAGUGAUUACAGAUACCAUAUUCAUAGCAUAUUGUACUAUGUUCCCCACAAAGCACUGAACCAGAUUACCCUAAAACAACUUUUGUGCUCUAUAUUUAUUAAAUGAUAAUCCUCUACAGUUGAUGUCGUGUUCACAAAAUUAAUGCUUUUCUGUCUUCGAGAGUUUUGUUCCAUGCAUAAACAAAACAUCUUUAUUUUUUUGGAAGUGAUAUUGUACAACAAGAUUAGCAACAACCCCAGGUAAUUCUUUAAUAUUUAAAGAUUUGUAAAUUAUUCAUAUUAAGGCACAGAAAAUAUUGUAAAGUGUCUUGGUUCCAAUGCUUUCCCCUGUGUGAUGUGGCUGUUUUGCCAUGUGAUUGAAGCCAUGUUGCCUCUUCAUUUGCUAAGUAUGUAGAGAACGAUUGUUUUCUUAUUAAGACUUUGAAGUUAGAAUGAAGUAUUUACUUUUACCUGAUUAAUUUAUAAGCUCAACAAUUUUUAGUUAUUAAUCAGAGAACAGAAAGUUCACUACUUUCUAGUCGUUUUCCAUGUAAAGGUUCAUGUGUGUGUGGAUAGAAACUUUGUGAAAUACGUUAAAAAGGUUGUAUGAGGAGUUGUAUGACUAACAUAGACCAGAUUGUAGGAUCAAUGUCUUUAUAUGAAUUCCCAUCAUAUAUAAUAAAUUUUGACGGCUCGUGUUGCAUAUGUUAGGAGUUAAACCUCCUAAACAAUGUGUGCGUCAUGCAUUGGAAAAAUCCACAUUAAGUUAUCACAAUGAUCAUACGCACAUUUUGAUAUCAGCAACAAAUAUUCUCACAAUAAAUGUACAUAUUCCUUUCAUUUAUUUUGUCCUCUGUAUACAGUGUAACUAUGCAUAUAAUACUCAUUUGUGAUAUUUUUCUCAAUAUAUAACAAGAACCAUCAUUUAUCAUCCCAUCAGAUCUUUUAAGCAUCCCAGUGUUCAUUCUUAAAUGGUUUGUACUGAUUAUUGGGUCUUCCGUGAACAUAUUUAUUAGGAACCCUGUCAUCCCUCUGCCUAAUAAAAUAUUCAGAAGAUGGAACAUUUCUCGUUGUUGUAUCAUAUUUCUCAUUGUGACAAGAAACCACAGUUUUCUGCCAGAUCUCCUUUAAAACACAUCUGGCCAUGUUAUCAGGUUGAUUAAUCUGGUGCAAUAAUUAAAAUGUUUUGUGCAUAGCCAAAGGAUAAUUUUUGUCAUGUAUAUAGUUGUAAAUAUUGAUGUUAUUUUUUUAGCUACUGUAAUUAAUUUGCUAUUUAUUUUUUAUUGGUAUUUCAUGUGUUCAUAAAUUGCUAAUAUGUCAGUUUUAUUUGAGGAAGCACAUUUCAUUUCUAUAUGAACAGAUAGUUACUCUUUAAUGAGAUGCCUCUAUAUUACAGCAUAUGUGUAGCCAAUGGUAUUAUCAUAGCAUAAAAUAUUUAUGUACUGAUGUUAUACACAUAAUUGUAAUCAAAUUGUUUUGAUAUGAAUUAUAAGGAAACUUAAAAAAGAAUUGUAAACCAUAGUAAUUUUCAAGCACUUGCAAUAGAGCCUUUCAUAGCAGGUGUAAUGUACUCCAUAAAGUUUAAACAUACAAAAUAGCUUGAAUUCAUUAAUUUCAACGCAGCCCAACACCCAACACCACAUUUCUUUUAUGAACAAAAAAACAUGAUUAUGAUUAGAUUCAACGUUUUGGGUAAUGUUGGAAAUUGGCAAACCAUUUCCUUUUAGGAUUAUAUUGUGCAGUCAUAGGCACUUUUAGAAAUAUAAUGGUUUCUUAUUAAAAAUUUUGUACUGUGAUUGAUCUUCUGUGGUCAUUUUAGGCAUAUCACAUUUGUAAAAUAGAAUAGCGAGUGCUGUUUAUAAUAGGAAAUAAAUUAUAAUUCCUUCGAA